CCAUCUACCUAACUCAAAACACUGCUAAUAUCAUCUUUUUCUUUUAGUACUUGAUUUUUCUUUUUCCUUGUCCUUAAUGGCAGAACAGAGGCCAUUUAGUCGCUUUCGACUUCCUUGGCUAACUGCUCGUCCUGCACCUGAACCCCAGAUUGCUCCCCGUCCUAAUGUUGAAACAAUUCAAGCCCCUGUCCGACCAACUCCGCGGCCACCAUUUCUAUCUCCACCGCAAUCUCGGGCACCAUCACCACCUCGUGCAACCACUGAAUCCCAAGUUGUUGUCCAGCAAACAACUCAAACAGGAGCUACCUCUGUGCCAUCAUCACCAUCUCGCGUUGCCUCUCAGCCAGUAUCACCACCCAAGAAAUUACAGUCCGCUACACAAGAGAGCUCUAAGCCUUCAAUCAUCUCGACUCAACCUCUACUAUCUGCCCCAAAACAAGAACCAAAGCCUACAGUAUCUUUGCUAAUGUCUCAAACAUCCUCACAACCCUCCUCCCCAUCUACGAGGACUACAAAAAUGCAAUCUACAGUAUCUCAGCCCAGUGCACAAGAGACCUCUAAAACAGCUCAAACACAAACAGACCUUAAGCCUCUUUCAGAACCAACAGAGAAAAUGAAAGAAACUGGAAAAGCAAAGGAGGUUGCUGAAAAGCUUAAAACAACAAUUCCUUAUGAACAGAGGCAACAGGAAGAUAAGAAAACAACCAUGAGCUCCAGCGGAGAACAUAUCAAAACUGUGAGUUCAACUCAUGCAACAACCAAGAAUAAAUUAACUGAAUCUUAUCAGAAGUCCAAUGGGGAACAAGUUUCAUUGCAAAAACAAAUUAGGGAUGAUAUUUUCAAGUUUGUUCAUAAGCUGGGAGUAAGCCAAUUAAAGUAUCCCAUGGAAGAAAAGCCGGUUACCAUUGUGACAAUAGCUGGCGAAAACAGAGGAGGAUCAAUGCAUGUCACUGCUGAACCAGUAACAAAGGACGGGUCCAUACACAUUCACCGUGGUUAUAAGACUAACCCAGAUGAAACAACCACUGAUGGAGAAGUAAGCACAAAGAAAAGAAAGUCAAAAACCAGACAAGAACCAGCAAAAAAGGCAUAUCUUAACAGUAAUGCACAGGGCAUUAACAACUCGAUGAUAUUUGAUACUUCAGUGAAUGAGAGAAGCCCCGGUAUUCAACUGUCCCUCUCUAACAACGUCGUAGAACCUACCAAGCCAAGUGCUAAACCAGAGACUAUCGAGUCGCAUAAAGCUGAAUUUAAUGUCACUCCUGCUCAGAAGCUCACUUAUGAGCCCACGAUUAGACGACGAUGCCUGAGAGGGCUGUUCUUGGAAUCAAGUGACUCGGAUCCUGAUAAUCCUGAUAAACCUCGAAGACAUGGUUGCCGAUAUUACUGUGGAGACAAGAGCAAAGACAAAGACGUAGAUGUUUUCUAAGCCAGCGAGCGAGAAUUCAUAGCAUCUAUCAACCCCCAGACAUGCAUGCAAAUCUUGUGUGCAUGAUAAUAAGAAUGAAGUGCAAGAUUGAUAAUAAGGAUGCAAUAUUCAUCCAGAAAUUGUAUAAUGCUUCAGCAUAUUAUGAUAAUGAAUGUGUUGUGCAAUGUGACUUUAAGGGUUCAUUAAACAAGAUUUCUAAUA